AUGGAGCGGGAAGAUGAGUGGCAGGCUGCUCACCAGCCUCCCAAGGAUAAUGAGAGGCCGACACCGAUGCUGCAUCUGUCAGUGCCUUCUGGGAAUGGUGGAGUUCAUCAGCCACCCACUCCAGCCGCCACUCAACAUGUAUCCAAUAUGUCAAGGCCAUAUGUGUUAUCCGCUGAGGAGUCCAGGCAGAGUGAGGGUGAAGGGGAGUCAAAGGUCAUUCUCUCCCUACCUGAGCAUGGUGUGAGGUACUCCUCCCCACUGCCUCCUACACCUUCCCAGAUGUAUCAUCAGCCACCGUCUAUCCUCCAACCCAGCAGAAUGAUUGACACGGGAUCCCACAUGAUGUCCUUAGGGAGUCCAGGUACUCUGGUGGGAGUGAACUUAGCCUUCAGUGAGAAUCUGAUGCCUCACAGUGGCCUGCUAGGCUCAGCUUCCAGCGGUGUCCCAGUAAUGGCCUGCAGCAGUGUCCCACCGAUGCCUUAUCCUGUCCCCUCAACAGUACCUUCUACCACAGGCUCUUUAAAUAAUGGAAUAUUGUUGGUCCAAGGCAUGGCUCCCAGCGGGGCCUGUGCCAUGCCUCCCUCGAUGGAUCGGAUGCUGCACUUAAAUCCCUACAAUCUUGGGAUGCCCCCAGCUAGGCUUCAGCCAUUGCUGACUUUAGAUUCCCAGGACUCGCUUGUGACACAGUCAAGUUCCCAGGAAGGACCUUUCAUAUCUGAGCAGCCCACACCUAGUCCACAGGGUUCAGAGAGCCCCAGUACUUCAGCAGAGGCAUCUGGGAGACCAUCUCCAGCUUCAAGGCCUUAUGUCUGCCUGUAUGAAAACUGCGGGAAAGCUUACACCAAGCGCUCCCACCUCGUGAGUCAUCAGCGUAAACACACGGGUGAGAAGCCCUACGUGUGUGACUGGGAAGGCUGCACGUGGUCUUUCUUCCGCUCUGAUGAGCUCGGACGACAUAGACGGAUCCACACCAGAGACCGGCCACACAAAUGCUUGGAGUGUGGACGGCAGUUCAUGAGAUCCGACCAUCUCAAGCAACACCAAAAAACUCAUCAGCGCAUGCCAGACGUCCCGACACCUCAGGCCAACAGCAAACAGGCGGACGAACAGAUCGGCGGUCCUCCUGCUCCUGGUCAGGGGCUUUAG